AUGCCUGCUACUCCGCUAUCCAUCACCCUCGCUGGCCCGCCUUUGAGCGACCGUGAAGCAGUCGCCGAUGCCUGCUACCGUACCACGGCCUCAAUUGACCAUGCCAGCGAAGAACUCUACUGGUCGGCAGUGACAGAUGACAUAUAUGCCGAAGUUGCCGGCACAACUGUCAGCAGUGCUGAGGAAUUGAAGUCUAAAGUUUGGGACAAUGUUAUCAAAGUUGAUACCAUUCAUUAUCUUACCAAUAUGCGAAUCAGUAUUGAUACACCUACCACCGCCCGAGUAACGUUUACCUCGCUUGCUCAGCAUUGUCGUCGUGGAAAGGGCUUUGAGUCUGGGCCUAAAAAGUUUACCACUGGUGCUAUUUAUGAUUGUGAUGCUGUUAAAGUGGGGGAUAUUUGGAAAAUGAAGACUUGGAAGGCCAAUCAUGUUUGGGGGGAUGGUGAUCCAUCUGUUAUGGUUGCUUAG